AUGCCACACAGCCAGGUCAAUCAUGGUGUGGAUGGAGUACCACCAGCAAUUAAAGCAGCAGUUCUCAUACAAAGAUGGUAUCGAUUCUACACAGCAAGACUGGAAAUGAGAAGGCGUUAUACACUCAGUAUAUUUCAGUCCAUAGAAUAUGCUGAAGAACAAGCACAGCUCCAGCUUUGCAACUUUUUCACAUUCAUGAUGGAUCACUUUGCACAAUGGAAUAGACAAGGACCAGACUUAAUUUCUGACAUACUAAACACGUCAAGAGGACAAACAAAGCUUUUAGAUUACGAGAAGUUUGAUGUCCCUGAUUCCUAUAAUGGCCCACGGCUUUCAUUUCCUCUAACUGUGUCUGAUACUAACAUACUGCUCCAAGCAUUCAAGCAAGGACAGCUACUUCAUGUCCGGUACGUCCUACAACUAUUUCAUGAAACAAAAAAGUUCCUCCAACAAAUGCCAAACGUUAUCCACCUAUCUACAUCAUACUCCAAGGAGAUAACAAUUUGUGGUGACCUUCACGGAAAACUGGAUGAUCUUUUGCUCAUAUUCUACAAGAAUGGUCUUCCUUCACCUGAAAAUCCUUAUAUUUUUAAUGGAGACUUUGUAGACCGAGGAAAGAAUUCCAUAGAAAUACUAAUAAUCCUCUUUUCAUACCUCCUCGUUUAUCCUAAUAAUCUACAUUUAAACAGAGGAAAUCAUGAGGAUCCCAUUAUGAAUUUGAGGUAUGGCUUUACCAAAGAGGUCAUGCAAAAAUAUAAGGCACAUGGCCAAAAAAUUCUGCACGUUUUGGAGGAAAUAUAUAGCCAGCUACCGCUAGCUACUAUUAUUGACAACAAGAUACUAAUUUUACAUGGAGGGAUUGCAGACACAACAGACUUGGAUAUCUUGGCAUCAUUUGAGAGAAGUAAGUACAAGUCAGCCUUGCGAGCACCAGUUAGUGUUAAUUCCAAAGAUAACAGCACUGUACAGAAAACCAACAAAACCACUGCGGAUGAUGCAGCACGACAAAAUAAUACAGCUUCAAACCAAAGAACACUGUCUAAUUCUAGUGAUUACAGCUGUCUAAACACGUCCUCAGGCUCUGAAGAAAAAAUGGGCAUUUUCAGAGAUGGUCAGAGAAGUCAUUCGAAGAUACCUUACUUGAAUGCCAGUAUUCAGCUGCCGAACAUGGCACUAGAGUUAACAACAAUCGAACGGGAGGAAUGGAAACAGGUUGUGGACAUACUGUGGAGUGAUCCAAGAAACCAAAAUGGCUGCACACCAAACAGUUUUCGUGGUGGAGGUUGUUACUUUGGCCCAGAUAUUACUAAAAAGUUUCUAGAAAAAUAUAAUUUAAAAAUGCUGAUAAGGUCCCAUGAAUGCAAACAGGAAGGAUAUGAGUUGUGUCACAAUGGACAGGUUGUAACUAUUUUUUCAGCUUCUAAUUACUAUGAUGAAGGUAGCAACAGAGGAGCUUAUGUCAAACUGAGUCCAGACUUGACGCUUCGCUUUGUCCAGUAUCAAGUCAGUAAAUGCACCCGCAAACUAACUCUUCAUCAAAGAGUUAGUGCUGUGGAAGACUCAGCAAUGAGAGCACUACGGGAAAAAUGUUAUGCUCAUCGUUCUGAUCUUAUGAAAGCGUUCAAAGUCUUUGACAAAGAAGAGACAGGAACAAUUUCCAUUAGUGAGUGGGCAUCUGCAAUGAAAGCUGUUCUACACCUAGACCUCCCAUGGAGGACUUUACGAUCCCGGCUCGUACAACUUGCCCCUGAUGGAGGUGUUGAAUACCAGUCAUGUUUUGAAGAUCUGCAAAUGGAGCAACCAAUAAAAGAAAAUGUUCAACCAAGCUUAGUUGAAACCUUAUACAGAUACAGGGCAGACCUGGAGAUCAUAUUCAACAUCAUUGACAAGGAUCACUCAGGCUUAAUUUCUAUUGAUGAAUUUCGUCAAACAUGGAAACUUUUCAGCUGUCAUCUCCAUAUAAAUAUCGAUGAUUCAAGUAUUGAAAAUUUGGCUCACAGCAUUGACUCUAACAAAGAUGGCAGCAUUGACUUUAAUGAAUUUUUGGAAGCCUUCCGUGUGGUUCAGAAGUUUGAAAGCAAGGAGAGUAAAUGA